AUGGACUACCAUCCUCUGACAAAGUGUGAUCCCUUCCUAUCUCUUGAGCCCCCUCAAAGGCAUGUGUUCAUCAAGCAACAUCGUUUGUGCUUUAAUUGCUUCGCGCGAUCCCAUGGUGUUGGAAGAUGCCCCUCCAAGAUUAAUUGUCGUGUAUGUGGCAAGCGCCACCAUACUUUAGUGCAUUUUGGAAAUGCUACUACCCCCUCCCCGUCGAAUGAAGCUCCCCUUGCUCCCGGCAACCAGGAAGGUACUAUCCCUAGUCCGGUGACCAUGAUGACCAAUCUCUCCUGUCAAAAGGUCGUGCUCUUUGUCACUUGCUUGGUGUCCGUUUCGGAUAAAUCUGGCAGACUUGUUACUUGUCGUGCACUGUUGGAUUCAUCUAGUCAAGCCAGUUUUGUGACAGAUUCCUUUGCGAAGAAAUUGGAGCUUCCAAGGUCUCUCUCCCCGACACCAAUUCAAGCCCUCAACCAAAUGUUGACGUCUGCGUUAGGGAAGGUUGCCCUGGGCGUGACCCCCUCCCAAAGAAAAUCCCCUGCUCUCCAUAUAGAGGCUUUAGUUAUUCCAUCUAUUUGUGAUAAGGUACCCUACCAGGUGAUUGAUAAGCAGAAUCUAAAACAUCUCAGGUCCCUACCCUUGGCUGAUCCCCACUUCUGUAAACCCAACGAAAUAGACGUGCUUUUAGGGGCAGAGGUUUACGGAGAUAUUUGUUUGCCUGGAUUUAGAAAAGGACAGAACGGUGGCCCAUGCGCUUUUCGGACCAUCUUCGGAUGGGUUGUCCUAGGAAAAGUGAAUUCUUUAGAACCAUCUUCUCUCUUUAGUUUUUAUACCACUGUGAGUACUGCUGUUGAUGUUUCUUUGAAGAGAUUUUGGGAACUCGAGUCUGUCCCUUCAAAGACCUUUAUGUCUCCUGAAGACAAAUUGUGUAGAUACGUCGUAUCCUUACCCUUUAAGGAAAAACACCCUUCACUUGGUGAAUCUUACCUUCAAGCCCUUAGGCGAUUCCAGUUGUUAGAGGCGCGUUUGGCCAAGAACCCAACUUUGCGAUUAGCCUACAACGAGUUCUUGAGAGAUUAUUGGGAACAAGGUCACAUGGCACUCGUUAGCGACCUGCCCCCCUCUCCCCAAGGUUACUACAUUCCUCAUCACGCCGUCUGGAAGCCACAUAGCGAACCCCUUGAAUUGCGUGUUGUAUUUGAUGCUUCAGCCAAAACUUCCAACGGACGGUCUCUGAACGAUCUUCUAUUUACGGGUCCCAAGCUCCAAUCCGACAUUGGAGGCAUUUAG